UACAAAAGACAUUAUGUUUAAUAGCCGGGGCACUAUUAUCAGUUAAGCGGAGGCUAUCUGUAUUAGAAACAAGACGAGUCAGCCAUGAUUUUGUUAACAUUGCUCAUUUCUGUGGUAUUUGCGAGUGGUCCACCCGUUGAAACAGAUCCACAGGAAUGCAUCGAUGGUAAUGGAUAUAUAUCGGGGAAUUCAUUUGAAGGUGGAGACUGUUGCUCUUUUGUUGUAUGCAAUGCAGCGAGACUUAACAGAACUGGUUUCCUUGGAAAAUGCAUGGGUGGUACUGCAUGGAACAAUGUGCUGAAGUCAUGUGAUCAGCCAAUGUACGUACCUGAUUGUAACCCAAGUGUAGACUGCGAUGUGCCAUCAAGGACAACUGGAUUGUGUCCAUCCCCUCAGCCAACAGCAACAACGUGUUGCGUUGGACAGAAUGUUAACAGAGGUGAACCUGGUUUUCUCCCAAUAUUCACUAGUGGUGAUGCCGAGAAUGAGUACUCAGUCGACGAUGGUCCCAUCCAGAAGUGCCCCUUAGGACAAAUAUUCAGAGUAGAGACAUGUUGUUGCGAGUUUGUGUAUGUACAAGACACAGAAUGUGCCGAUACCACCAGUUUCUACUUCAGCAACCCAGAGGACCCCUGCUGCUCUUUCCUUCAAUGCUGGUCUAACAGGACCGGGUACGAUGUUGUAAAAUGUAUGCCUCCAAGCGUCUGGAAUGACGUCAACAAGACAUGUGACACCACUGAUAACGUCAUAGAGUGUUCUGACGCAAUUUGUGGGGUUGAAAUGACCGACCCACCAUGUGACGAAAAUAGCGCAGCUGCUUGCUGUAGGGCUGGUAUAUACUACGAUAAUGUAGAUGGUGAACCUACACGAUACAUAAUUGCUGACGGACCAGAUGGACCCUCAGACAGAUUCUCGACGUGUCCAGAAGAUAUGAACGGUGUACAGUUGGUAUUUAAUGGUGACCCCGAUGUUUGUUCUUGUGAGGCUCCAGAGUCCUAA